UGCCAAUCUGCCAAACAAACUUAACCUCAAAAUAAGUCAUUUUUAAAGGUUUUAACGUUUGAAUUGAACUGUAUUUUAAUAUUCAUUAUCAUUACUAGAGCGUUAUCUUUAAGCAAAUGUAAUUAUUGUUGUAGGUAUUGACUUUGAGUGGUUUUUUGAAAUGUGAAUUUUAUUAAAUCAAUGUAAAACUGGAUUAGUUGCUACCGACACUAGCCUAUGGUUCUCACACUUGACUUGGAUAAAAACAUAAUUUGGUAGAAACAAAACAAGACACAAUGGUUAAUUUUGUAAUCCUAUUAGGACUACUCUACCGUUCAUUGACAAAUCAUGAGAUAUAAGACUGCAAAAUUACGUUCAAAUCGUCAUCAAGAUCAAGUAUAAACUCCUAAUGAGUGAUAAGCAAUGGCAUCGACGGCUGAGUCGUUGAAUGUGGAUUUUGAUCAUUCAUGGCAAGACAACACAGAAUGCUUGACUCUAGAUUUUGGACCAUUCGAAACGGUUCACAGAUGGAAGCGUAUGCCCGAGUGUGAUGAGUUUGUUGGAGCUAGACGAAGCAAGCAUACGGUAGUAGCAUACAAGGAAGCAAUCUACGUGUUUGGUGGAGAUAAUGGGAAAACCAUGUUGAAUGACUUACUGCGUUUUGACGUCAAAGAGAAAUCUUGGGGCCGAGCGUUUGCUACCGGAGCACCUCCUGCACCCCGUUAUCAUCACUCAGCAGUUGUUUUUGACUCGUCAAUGUUUGUUUUUGGAGGUUAUACUGGUGAUAUACAUUCAAACUCAAAUCUUACAAACAAAAAUGACUUGUUUGAGUAUAAAUUUCAAACAGGUCAAUGGAUUGAGUGGAAGUUUGUUGGAAGAACCCCGGUCCCCCGGUCUGCUCACGGUGCAGCAGUGUACAACAACAAGUUGUGGAUAUUUGCUGGAUAUGACGGGAAUGCAAGAUUGAACGACAUGUGGACUAUAUCCCUGCAGCCUGGAGACCAGAAGCAAUGGGAAGAGAUUGCUCAAGCCGGCGACUGUCCACCUACAUGUUGCAAUUUCCCUGUAGCAGUCGCUCGUGAGUCCAUGUUUGUCUUCAGUGGGCAGAGUGGAGCAAAGAUUACUAAUAGUCUCUUUCAAUUCCACUUUGAGGACUUGAGGUGGAGUCGUAUAUCGACGGAGCACAUUCUACGAGGGACGCCACCACCUCCCACAAGACGCUAUGGUCAUACGAUGGUCGGAUUUGAUCGUCACCUCUAUGUGUUUGGGGGAGCGGCUGAUUCCACGUUGCCUAAUGACUUGCAUUGCUACGACCUAGAUACUCAGACUUGGAGCAUUGUUCCUUUGGCUCAGGACUCCAAGGUCCCUUCCGGGCGACUGUUCCACGCGUGUGCUGUUGUCGGAGAUGCCAUGUACGUGUUUGGUGGUACGGUUGACAAUAACGUGCGCAGUGGAGAAAUGUAUCGUUUCCAGUUUUCGUGCUAUCCCAAGUGCACACUGCACGAUGACUUUGGUAAGUUCUUGGAGUCGAGACAGUUCUGUGAUGUAGAGUUUCUGCUGGGUCCAGAUGAGGUUAAGAUCCCGGCGCAUGUUGCCGUCGUGGCCGCUCGCUCCCAGUGGCUGCGUCAUCGCAUCCAGCAAGCUCAAGAGACCAGGGACAAACACCUUGAAACAUUAUUCGGUACCACGCAAGUCCCAUUCAAAGACAUUCCUCUUCUGGAAGUAAAAUUAAUAGAUGCUGUGCCUGAAGCGUUUGACAUGGUUCUCAACUACAUCUACACUGACCGAAUCGACCCGACCAAAAAAAUUGAAGAUCCAAAUUCUCACAAGAUUGUCCUCUUAAUGAUGGACGUCUAUAGGUUAGCAGUUCAGUUUCAUAUGAAGAGGCUGGAACAACUUUGUGUUCAGUAUCUUGAAACGUCCAUCACUCAUCGAAAUGUCUUGGAGGCGCUUCACAAUGCGACCACACUCAAGCUCUUCUACAUCAAGGAAUUCUGUCUCAAGUUCAUAGUUAAAGAGUCAAACUACAACCAUAUCAUUAUGAGCAAGGACUUUGAGACGUUGGAAAAGUCUCUGAUGGUAGAAGUAAUCAGAAGACAGAGAAUGCCUCAUAUAAGAACUCUACUUGAACCACAGUUUGAUAAUACAGGUACAACGCUUGAGCAGGAUAUGGAAUGCUUUCUCAAGUAUUCUGGCAAGGAGUUUUGUGACAUUACCCUCAUGCUGGAUGGGGAAGCCAUCCAUUCCCACAAGUCUAUCCUGGCAGCACGCUGCAGCUAUUUUGAAGCUAUGUUCAGAUCGUUUAUGCCUGUGGACAAUGUUGUACAUAUACAAAUUGGUGAGAUGGUUCCUUCACGGCAAUCAUUCGACUCUUUACUUCGAUACAUUUACUAUGCAGAUGUGAACAUGCCUCCAGAAGAUUCUUUGUACCUCUUCAGUGCUCCUUACUUUUAUGGAUUUACCAACAAUAGGCUACAGGCAUUCUGCAAGCAAAACCUAGAAAUGAAUGUUACUUUUGAAAACGUAAUCCAAAUCUUGGAAGCUGCUGAUAGAAUGCAAGCUACAGACAUGAAGAAAUAUUCCUUGAAUUUGAUCGUCCAUCAUUUUCCUAAGGUCGCGCGUCUGCCCAAGAUUCGGCUAUUGAGCCAAGAGCUUCUCUUGGACAUUCUGACAGCUCUUGCAGACGACAUGUCCGACAGCAAGAUGUGCCAAGACAUGUCCAGUAUAAGUCUGAGUAGUGAGACCUACUGACCUCAUUUUCGGAGGGUCAAGAAACUCUCAUCCCCACUGUCAUGAAUACUCACUCUCUAUCUUGCAUCACCUUCGACUGACGGACGUUCUCUAACCCUUUGACAUCAGUAUGCCUACACUCUGUUGUGGCUCAAAACAACUUUGCCCAUUUUCAUUCUAAAAAUGGCUACAACUUUCACCUGAUGGAAUAUUUACUCUUAACGAGAAGUGUUGUUUUUCUUUUCUAACGAUUUACGCUCUGAACAAUUUUGACAGAAUCGAUCAAAAUGAAGAAGGAUUGUCCCUGUUGCAUCUAUGUAACUGAAACGUUGACAGAAAACAGGCCUUUAGUGGUUGGUUCACUUCUUCUUAUGUCCCACCUUCACAUCCUAAAAUGCUAAACUCUAGCCUGGAAACGUUUUACACUUAACUUCAGUCUAAGCCUAGAGGGCUGAGGAAUGAUCUCUAAACUAGAUCAAAUCCAUUGGUGAUUGAUGGGAUUCAGACCCAGCAUGUCACAAACAGAAGUUGCACGGCCUACCAUUAGGCCUGUUCGCUCUCCGUAGUUGGCUCACUGAACUUCUCAGAUGUCAUCGUAAUUUAAAAUUUGUGUUAAGAUGAUUAAAUUGACGUUAACUAUUGUUCAUGAUUGCAGAUCGCACCUCCUUACUCUCAAAUGACAUCUGGCUCUUGUUUAGGUAGCUGCAUGCAGUUUCUUUUUAUGUAAAAUUUCCAGCGAAGGGAAAAAAAAUUCUGACGCUCUUAUCUAGAAGGAAAGAACAUCUUAGAGGGACAAAACUCUACUGCAAUACCCCCAUUUAGGUAGGACAUAACAGUGUCCAAGGCAGGUUAAAGGCCCUUGGCCUGGAGAAAAAUCCAGGGCUAAGGACUUUAAAAUUACUAGACCUUUCAAAAAAUUUAGACACAAAUAUUUUUGUGUCUAAAAAAUUCAAUUUUUUUAUUAAAUUUUCUUUGAGAGCGUUUAUGAAGUAGGUACUUUUUCAACUAAACAUUUUCUCCUGAGUUUCUCCUGGCUAAUAAGCAUUUCUUCUAAGCUAUUUCCACAUUACACCAGGAUAUAGAUUCACUUUAAGCCAAAUAUGAAGAUUUCUUUUUUGCCAUGGCAUGAACUGGCUGCAAGGCUGCCUAGUCAUACCUUCCAUGACAACGGUUUGCUUGUAUGGUGACAUGAAAUGGACUGUACUCUCAGCCUAAAAAGCCUUGAUACCAUUGUCACAGUGAGUGUGUUCUGAGUUCUUUGCUGGAUUUUCUUCACAACCUGAUUCUGAAUCGUCUCUAAAAAAAGUCUUUGCAAGAAAGGCUGCAGAUUUUCACCGUCAAAAACUUUGGAUGGAUACAGGAAGUCAUUCAAAUCAAUCAGUUGGUAAUAAAGGAUGUUUUAGACUUGCUAUGAACAUAAGAAUUGUACUUAUAAAAUGGUUGAAAAAGAUUAAUUUAUAAACGUGUUAUUAAUGGUUAUGAAAUGUAUUAACAUUUUUAAUUGUUGCAUUAUUUACAGAGUCAAGAAUGAUUUUGUUGUUUCUUUGAUCAUGGAAAUAUCCGUCCAGUGUGCUAUCGAUAGGUUGAGAUAACAGCAGAUUUAGUCAUUUGUUCCUGGUGACAGCCAAGAUUCAGCUGCCACUUGUACAUUAUCCAAUUCUCAACAUUCCGACACUUCUCUCCUGCUUAGAGAACAUGGAGAGACUAGACAUUGAUUUGUGCUCUGCUUGACCUUCUGCCUUUACUACCCAAGGAUUUCAUAUGUAGAGCACUGACCUGGUGGUCCAAAAAGCUCUAAAACUUCUAUACCAUUGUUACAAUCGCUCCCAUUUGCAGGAUGUCUCUUCACAGAGUAUUGCUAUUUACAACUCCUUCACUACUCUAAGGUUCAUUGCGAUUUAGGGAGAUACGGUUUUGUGUUGUUUAAUAUUUAUUAUUAUAUUAAAUGUUUGUAUAUGAUAAAAUAUUUAAUAUAGUCCUAAGUACAGUAGUACAAGAAAACCCCAGACAGCUUCAAAUGUGUCUUUCAAUUAUUUUAAAUUCAAAUGUAUAUGCUAUGUCAAAAACCUAGUAGUAAGCUAAUUUAAAAAAUAUUUAUUGUUAAUUUUAAUAAUGUGCGCUAUAGAAAUGUUAGAAAAAAAUUAUUUAUAAGUUAUUUUCAAGAGAGGUUUUAAACAAAUAACUACUGUUUUAACAGUUUAUGCAUUUAUUUUAUAUUUAUUUAAGAUAUGAUUUUAUGGAAAAAAGCCCAAUUAUUAUUCUUUAAUCUAACUUAGGGAUAAAUGUAUUAUUGAUUCAGAAAGUAUUAGAAAGCUUAUUAAAAUUGUAAUGCAGUCCACCUUCCUAAUGUUAUGAUGUCAAAUUUAGUUUUUUCCCAGAUUGUUUAGCUGUGUAUGUCCUUGUCUUUUAAUGAACUGAUAAAUGUAUGAUUUUGUAACUAUCAUUUGGCGAUGUAUUAAGUAUUAACCUCUAGGUAUAACUGUUAUUGUGAUCAAACAAAACCUAUUUCAUUGUAAGAUGAUUAUUGUUAAAUAAAAAUGUAUGUUUUUUCCUUGUA